AAAGAAAAUGCAUAUCACAGACCCAUGAAUCGCUUCUCUCUCUAGAGGAGGCCAUGGCCAUGGCCGAAACCCCUGCAAAUGCCAAAAACCGGCGAACCCUAACAUCCAAAGACCAGGAAACCCCUGCAAAUGCCAAAAACGGGCGAACCCUAGCAUCCGAAGACCAGGAAACCCAAAUUUCUCCAUCAUCCAUUCUAGCAUUUCCUUCCACACCAUCAAAUCCUGCCCCUCGAAGACCUGCGAGAAAGCUUGCGUUCAAUCCAGAACAUUCUGCUAUACAAGGCACAGUGAGUUACGCUGAUUCAUUUGAGACGCCUAAACCUUCUAAAAAUGGGAAAAGAACUGGUACUAGAAAGACAGAAGCUGUUCAAGAGAAAAAAGGUUUGGUUGAUGAUGGUGAAAAUAGCAAAAAAUCCCGCAUUCAAAAAAACAAUGGGGAAAGAUCGUCUGAGCUUUUGUUGUCUCCGAUCUCUCCAGAUAUAUCAGAAUGUAGGAAGAGAAAGAGGUUGUUUGCUGAACCAGAAGCUUCUGCAUUUUCUGGAAAGGGAAAUGGUGUGUCUAGCACAAAUGGUGGACGAUCGGUUUCCAGAAAAGGAAAAUCAGGGCAUUCAGUAGAGGAAGAUGGGAGCUCAGGGAAAAAUGUUGCCACAAAAAAUGGAAAAUGGAAGAAGGAAUUUGCCAAAAAUGGGAAGUCGGGGAAAGUUUAUGAUGAUCUUGUAGUGUUGAGAAACACAAGGUCCAGCCAAAAUGCAAGGAAAAACAAGAAAAAUGAACAAAAUUCGUUGAAAUUCAGUGGCCAUGGAGUUGAGAAAAAGGGAAACCUGGGGCUUAAAAAGAAAAGAGUGUUUUAUAAGAAGAUUGUCUACGAUGGUGCUGAAUUCUCAGUUGGUGAUGAUGUAUAUGUGAAGAGGAGAGAAAAUGCAAGCUCUGAUGGUGAGGAUCCAGAGGUCGAGGAAUGUAGGGUUUGUUUCAGGUCAGGGAGAGCUGUGAUGAUCGAGUGUGAUGAAUGUUUAGGGGGUUUUCAUCUCAGGUGUCUCAAGCCUCCAUUGAAGGAGGUACCUGAAGGGGAUUGGGUUUGUGGGUUUUGUGAAGCUCGUAAAAAUGGGGUUGUAGUAGAACUACCAAAGCCACCAAAAGGGAAGAAGAUUAGCAGGACAGCUAGAGAGAAGCUUCUUUCGAGUGACCUUUGGGCUGCUCGUAUUGAGAGCAUAUGGAAGGAAACUGAUGGCAACUAUUGGUGUAAGGCUCGGUGGUAUCUCAUUCCUGAAGAGACAACGAUCGGAAGGCAACCUCAUAAUCUGCGUCGGGAAAUUUUCAGGACAAAUGAUUUUGAUGACAUUGAGAUGGAAUCUGUCUUCAGACAUUGCUAUGUUAUGACCCCAAAAGAAUUUUCAAAAUCCAGCAAUGAUGGUGAUGAUGUCUUUCUCUGUGAGUAUGAGUAUGAUGUUCAAUGGCAUACUUUCAAGCGCAUUGCUGAUAUUGAUAAUGACGAAGAGAGUUAUACAGAUGGAGACACUGAAGACUGGGAUUCUUCAAAAGAUUCGGGCUCUGAUAUGGAGGAGGAAUAUGAAUAUGAGCAGGAACGUCUGAAAGGAGUCUCAGCAGCUAAAAACUCAUGUCAUAUGCAUGAACCGGCAGCUAACUCGCGAAAAGGGCAAAUAUUUGGGCUUCAGAGAAUAGGGACUAAGAAAAUUCCAGAGCAUGUGAGGUUUCAUAAGCAGACAGAACUCGAAAGGGCAAAAGCAACACUCUUGUUAGCAACAUUGCCCAAAUCACUGCCUUGCAGAAACAAAGAAAUGGAGGAUAUUGCUGCAUUUAUCAGAGGAGCAAUUAGUGGAGAUCAAUGCCUUGGAAGGUGCCUCUAUAUCCAUGGCGUUCCUGGGACUGGCAAGACUAUGAGCGUACUAGCUGUGAUGAGGCAUCUGAAGUGUGAAGUUGAUGCAGGAAGGCUACAGCCUCAUCGCUUUGUUGAGAUAAAUAGUCUGAAGUUGGCCUCUCCAGAGAAUAUAUACAAGGUUCUAUAUGAAGCAUUAAGUGGGCACCGGGUUGGCUGGAAGAAGGCCUUUCACCUGCUAAAUGAGCGGUUUUCAGAGAGCAAUCGGUUGAGCAAAGAAGAAACCCAGCCCUGUGUCUUACUUAUAGAUGAGCUCGAUCUCUUAGUAACCCGCAAUCAAUCGGUUUUAUACAACGUACUUGAUUGGCCCUCUAGAGCACACUCCAAGUUGGUUGUCAUAGGGAUAGCAAAUACUAUGGAUCUUCCAGAAAAGUUGCUUCCUCGUAUUACAAGCAGAAUGGGUAUGCAGCGGCUAUGUUUUGGUCCAUAUUCUUAUCAACAACUGCAAGAGAUCAUAUCCACUCGUCUUAAGGGCAUUGAUGCAUUUGAGAAUCAGGCGAUUGAAUUUGCAUCAAGAAAGGUUGCAGCCAUUUCGGGGGAUGCUCGGCGUGCCUUGGAACUGUGUCGGCGUGCUGCAGAGCUAGCAGAUUAUCAACUUAAGCAAACAGUGGGAUCCACAAAUUCUUCUCACAAUGCCAAAGCAGGAAAAUGUCUGGUUGGGAUGGCUGAAGUAGAAGCUGCUAUACAUGAAAUGUUUCAAGCACCUCAUAUUCAGGUGAUCAAAGGAUGUUCAAAAUUAAGUAAAAUCAUGCUGGUUGCCUUGGUCCGCGAGCUCUACAAAACGGGGAUGGCUGAAACCACCUUUGACAAGCUUGCAGUGUCUGUUGCUUCUCUCUGUGCAAGCCAUGGAGAAAAAUGUCCGGGAUGGGAUAUCCUCUUUAAACUUGGUUGCAAGCUCGGGGAAUGCCGAUUACUUCUUUGUGAGCCCGGAACUCGACAUAGCUUGCAGAAAUUGCAGCUGAACUUUCCAAGCGAUGAUGUGGCUUUUGCAUUGAAGGACUGUGCAGAGCUGCCUUGGAUUUCCAAGUACUUGUAGCCUGCAAUCUUAAUUCCCCACAAACAAGUUUCUUGUUGAUUUAUAAGUUUUUCCUUUUAUUAUUAUUAGCCUUUUUAUAUGAGGCAAGUGAGAGGAAUGCAAGUGAAAGACUUUUACUGCUGGAUAUGAUUUUUUUCUUUUUUUUUUCAUCAAGGGAGUUGAAAAAGAAUUUAGAACUCUAUAAUGGAGGAUGAGAGAAAGAUUGCUACAAGCUGAACAGGUGGAAUAUCUUUAUCUAAGAACUAUUUUUUCAUUGAGUUAAUAAUACACCCCUUGUCUACUUUC